AUGGAACAGCAUGACGACGAGCAGCAGGACCUGGCGGCAGUGCCAAUGCCAACAGCAAUAACGCUGAUCCCCGACGACGUUCUCGCCGAUGUGUUCCGCCGCGCCUCGCCGCGUGGGCUCGCCGCGUGCCGCUGCGUGUGCAGGGCAUGGCGCGCGCUCAUCGACGACCUUCGGCUGCUCCGCGCCGACCUCCUCCCGCUGUCGCUGGCCGCCCUCCUGCUCUGCCUCAACGUGGAGUGGGACCGCCCGGAGCUGUUCGCACGCCCCGGCGCUGACGUCACCGGCUACCUGAUGCCCCGCCGUACCACCGGGAUCGACGACCACUGCAACGGCCUCAUCCUGAUCAACCACGACGUGCUCAACCCGGCCACGGGCCGGGUCGUGUUCUGCAUCCCCAUGCUGCUUACUCGCAAUCGCAAGGAGGAGCCUGCGUACAGGGCCAUCUCGCAGUGUGAAUGGCCACCGUCGCCGUUCUUCCUCAGCGUCUUCUCGUCGAUGACGGGGCGGUGGGAGGCGAGGUCGUUGGUCCGACAAGGUGGAGCCGCAGGAAGGGUCGACGACAUGGAUGUCCAACUGUCAUAUGAACAUGCGCACUCAGCGUGCUGGAGGGGUGCACUCUACGUGCAUUGCCAAAACUAUUUUGUACUGAGGAUAUCAUUGUCAGAGCAUACGACGACGUACCAGGUGAUCAAGCCACCAAAAGAGCUGGAAGACAAAGAAUGCAGUGGCGGUCGUCUAGGGAGGUCGGAGAAGGGAGUUUACUUUGCAUGCUUUGAUCGCGAAUCGCACCUUUGCGUUUGGAUCCUCCAUGACGACUCCUCCGCGUGUGGUCACAUGGAAUGGAUACUGAGACAUCGAAGUGCUUAUGGACUAGCCCUGCCGAGCUCACCAAGAUCGUCCUGGACCUUACACAAUGCUUUCCGAUCUGAAGAUGGCAACGCCGACGCACAAGAAUGGGAUUCUGAUGACGAUGAUGGUGAAGAAAGUACUCUCCACGCCGAAUCGGAAGAUAGGAUACAAGAGCGGCUUGUUGAUUGUGAAAUACUUGCGCUCCAUCCUUACAGAGAGAUUGUUUUCAUGUUCACGGAGGCACAGUCCAGAGAAGUGACGUACGCGUACCAUUUGAAGAGCUCUAAACUUGACAAUUUGGGUAACCUGUUCCCAAAAGACGGCACACCUACUCCUGGCUGUUUUACCUUGGUGGAAAACGCUUUCCCGUACACACCUUGUUGGAUCGGAGCGCCCUAG